CCAAAAUAGUUAGAUGCCGUGAAUGUGUCAACACAUGGCGGUUAGGCAGUGAUCUCGCCUGAUGGAUCAAACACACAUAUCGACCUUUUAUCAACACUGGUGAGCAAAGUCGUCACGUAUAGGAGUUGAGGAAUUGAACAUAAUUUUGGAAUAAGCAGUCAACUGCUGGUACACAGCACCGCUCACGUUAUUGGAUGUCUGGGUGAGCGUCUGAGUUUUGGCGCGCCCGAACAUAACUGGGAGGAGACAGAUCAUCGGUGGUGUGAGGGUCGGUACCUGGUCGAUCGAUCAGCUGUAGUUAACACAACUGGAAAUCUAAUACUAGAUGGCGAGCUCCACGCACGUUUUCCAGAUCUCUGGGAUUAAGAUCCGCGAUAAGAAGAGAGUUUUGGUCCAGAAAAUCCAGCAUCUGGGUGGAAAAUACAUUGGUGGCUCAGUCUAUCAGCACACCAUCACACAUCUGAUAAUCCCUCAGGUGUUGUCCAGCGAGAAGUUUUUGGCAGCCUGUGCUGCAGGAAAGUGGGUUGUGACUCCAGACUAUGUGCUGGACAGUGUUAAGAAUGGCUCCUGGCUCCCAGAGGGGCCCUAUGAAGUUGCCAUUUCCACAGGUGCCACGUCUUCCGUCUACCCGGUCAGGCAGUGGAGGGAGAAGGUGGCCAGUGGGAGAGUUACAGGGGCCUUCCAAGGCUGGAGGGUUCUCCUCAUGGUCCAAGAGCCCACCCGUAGGGCCAUGUUCAAACGGCUCCUAAAAGCAGGCAGGGCCCAGGUAUACCACUGCCCUCCACCCUCUCAUGCCUCUGUUACUCAUGUCAUGGCUAAACCCAUCACAGAGGACUCCAAAUACCACAAUGCUCCUUGCUACCCUGUUAGCCACAUUGUCCAGCACCUCUUUGGGAGCAAUUGUGUGGAUAUGAACCUCAAUAUAACGGAUGAUGAUCCAGCAGAGACAAAGAAGUCCAGUUUUGUUGAUUUGGACUUCUCCAAACUGGAGACGGACCUCAUGGAAUAUGCCAUCAAACAGGAGGCCCGGCCAAGACUGUUCUUUCUUGAAUUUCUGGGUUACCAUGACCCGUACCAUCUCCAGUCCCAGGCUACAGAAACAGACUUCAGCAAUGUUGGUAGUAUGAUAGAGUGCGGCCUCUUCAUUGAAGCCUUGGACUCAAUUAGAGGUGCUGUGUUCCCAGGCCUGCUGCCACCAGCGGCAUACUUGGUUUCCUUCCUAGAAUACGCACAGCAGGGUAGUGCCACGUCUGUCUUCCUGAGAAAUUUCCGGCAGGUCAUGUACAGCCUACUUAUUACCAACCCUCCCUGGCUGGCUCCCAUUGGAGUGAAGAAAUAUUUCACCCAGGUGUUGCAGUGUCCUCGGUGUAAAACAGGCCUGUGGCCUUUUCUGGAGACGGCCAUCAGUUACUGCCUGUCCAGUGAGGUCACCUGUCACCCACUCCCUGGACCGGCCCUGCCUACACUGUUACAUUUCCAUAGUGACCUCCUGGCAUUUUUCCUCAAGCUCUUCCAGGGGGAACUCCACUCUGUCACAACCGGGGACUUUGUGCUGCCUGUGGGAACAGGGGUCUCUAAGGGUUCAGCAUCAGGAUCUUUACUGUAUGGAACCUUCUGGACUGUGUGGGAGCGCUCCACGCUGUUGUCCAAAGCUGUGAAACAACUACUCCAGCUCUUAGUAAAGGCUCUCAUUGAGGACGCUAAAAGGGAUGAGAAGCAGAAGCUGCAUUUGGCGGACACCCUGCUAGACCUCCUGUCUGUUUUGGUGGAGUUCUGGUGUCAGCAGCACUUCAAACUCAACCAGAGCCUGGUUGAAAAGGGGCUAAAAGACCUAGCAGAGUAUUUUGCUGUCAUCAGCCAGGAUGUGUCUCCAGUGGACCUGGCAGAACAGCUGGCUGUCAGGAUUCGCUCCACCAGACUUAAGUUGGCGAUAGUGGAUGCUAUAUUCAGGAAUGUUUGUUGCAGGAAUGGAUUCACAGUUGGAGAUGAACCCCUGUCUCUCAAGAAAGUGGUGAUGUCUUACCUGCCUGCUCUUGGAAGUUUAGCUCAGAGUCCCACCAGUGCUAGCCUCAGGACCAGACCCACCUACCACAGCUGCACCAGCCAGGGGACAGGCUCCAGUGCUCAGAGUUCACUGGUGAAUGAAACAAACCUAGAGCAAGAGAACAUCCCGAGAGGUCUGAACAGAGUCAACGCAGCAGGAGAGACCCUCCUCCACAGAGCUUGCAGAAAGAACCAAGUGGAAACAGUGCUUCAGAUCCUGGCGCUUCCUGGCACAGACAUCAACGUUAAAGACCAUGCAGGCUGGACGCCCCUGCAUGAAGCGUGCAACCACGGCAGCGUUGCGUGUGUGGAGGCUUUGCUACGUCACCACCCUGCACCCGUGCUUAAUAACCAGGUGUGUGGAGUCAGUCCACUGCAGGACGCCGUGCUAAACGGACACUUGGACAUCGCCAAAAUGCUACUUGAGCAUGCAGGCUCCGUUCUCCUAGAGCAGACUGACAGAGACGGGCUUACUGCACUGGAACUGGUCUCUGCAACAAGUCAGAGAGAGGAGCUCCUCCACAGUGCUCAGAUCGGGGACUCAGCCCAGAGAAACAAUGUUACUAAGGUGUUGAACCUGCCCCUGCUGGAGGCCGGAUCCUCUCUGCUGGCCCACCUCAUUUUCUCCUACCGGAAAGAAAAGGGUCUGCCCGGCCACCUGCAGCCCAGAGACAAGCCCUACAGCCUGGGCUACAAGCUGGUCCGGGCCCUGGAGACACACUCAUACCAAAAGGUGACUUUGGGCUGGACAGACCAGCAGGCGGUGAGGCUGGUGGAGGAUGCAGAGACACUGCUGGAAUUCAGCAGAGGGAGUUACCUGGGCCAGGUGUCGCAGGCAGUGAAAGAGUGCAAAGGAGAGAACACAAUGUUCCUAAUGGAGAUACUAGAAGAUCUCAAGGCCCGGGGGAAAGAACUAGUGGCUGCUUUGUGACAACACACCGAGAAAGAAUUGAUUGUGCAACCUUUGAUUGAAAUGCUAACAAAAGGUCAUCUGUGUCGGUUAUAGACAGGUAAAUAGGAAAGCACGCGUUUUGAAGUUAGCGGUGUGUUUAUUUCUACGGAGAAAACAUUUAUUUACUAACUACGUGGGUUGUAUAUUGUCGGCCACCUUGUUAAUAUUACUUUUCACAAAUAGAAAAAUGGCCCUAAAAAUGUAUUUUUGUUGCAUGUUUGUAUGUCAAUACGAUAACUUGUGCAGCGACUGAUACUACCUCAGGUUCUUCUUUCUACUGAUACUUUGUUAAAAGAGAAUUAUUCCUUUUUUACAUGCUAACUAUUAUUUAUCACAAAAUAAAGUGAAAUACCU